CAAUAAGUCAGUCAACGUAAUCUCCCCUGUAAAGAGUUCUUUAACUAACAGAGGAAGAAAAGAUGGACAUGGGAAAUGGCGUCAAAUUUGAAAGGAAAAAAAUUUGCUGGAUGAGAUCUGGGAAGCAGUCAACAUGACAAAAUGUCCUCCCAGACAAAGGUCACUAUGCAACCUGUGACACCGACACAACCUCUGACCUCCAUGUGGAAGUUUGAACUCAUCCUGUACAGCCUGAUCUGGUGUGGUGGCUUGGGCUACUCCUGUUACUCUGUCUUUCUUAUAUCUGCAGAGUAUAAAGAAGAUUUAAACCCACACUUGUUUGAACAAGGCUGGAAAUUUUUAGACAGAGACAAGGAUGUGGGUGACUUUGAGUGGACAUUCUUCUACAGCUGGUUCUGGGUAGUCUUACCCUGGUACCUGGGAUACUGCUUGGUCACUCAGCUACUUUACGCCAAGUACUACCAGUACAGAACAGUGAUAAGCUUGGUGAUCUCUGUGCUAUGCCUGUGCUGGGUGAUGGGAUGGCGGCCAGUCGCUCUGAUCCUCAGCCACUGUGCCGUGUGUCACCUGACGUCCUGCUGGGGCUCCCCCACCCUGGUCUGGCUCACCUGUCUACUCCUUCUCUCCACACUCAACUUUGAACCAUUCUUCAGUCUCAUGAAAGUGGCUGUUCCUGAUGACCCUAUGGAGACCAAGUUCUACCUUCUGCUCUUCACCCUGGCCCUGUGUAACCUGCGUUACACCAGCUUUUGUUUAGAGAAGGUUCAGAGGCGGCAGUUCCAGGAGACCAGAGACCAUGAUGGUCAGCUGACAAGAACAACCAAUCAGUGCACUUUCAUCGACCUUCUAGCUUACACCUUCUAUCUGCCUCUGUUCUUUCACAGGCCUCUGUUGACGUAUGAUGUAUUUAGUGAACAGAUUUCAGAAGCUAAACAGCCGUGGACAUUGUCUCGAGUGGUGGCAGUAGGGAAACACUUUACCAGAGUGAUCUUCUGGGCAGUAGUCAUUGAGUUCACACUCCACUAUUUCUACUUCCAUUCACUUCAAGGGAGCCUGAGUGUAAUGAUGAAGGUUCCUCUCUGGGGCCUCGCUGGUAUCGGAUACCUUCAUGGCCAAUUCUUCAUGAUGAAGUAUGUGGUGAUGUUUGGGUUUCCUGCAUGUGUUGCAAAGGUGGAUGGGCUGAACCCCCCAGAGGGCCCCAAGUGUAUUUCGCGCAUAUGUUACUACUCUGACAUGUGGAAGUACUUUGACAGAGGAUUGUACAGUUUUAUAAAAAGGUACAUCUAUGUACCCCUGGGCGGUUCUCGCUGUGGUCUGGUCCGUCAACUGACAAUUUCAGCCCUGACCUUCCUCUACGUCUUCUACUGGCAUGGAGCAGAGCUGUACCUUUUCCUCUGGGCAGCCCUAAACUACCUGGGUAUCAUGCUAGAGCUACUUGGUGCCAAGCUCACCAAGAUUCUUGGGACCCGUUACCUGGGGUCUGCCAUGGCAUCCCGUCUCCAUGCUCUUUGUACAGUUCCUCUAUUUGCCAUGUCAGCUCUCUCCAUCUUUGUCUUCUUUGGUGGAGCUGAGACAGGCCAGGUGUAUUUUAAUAGACUCCUGAUUGAAGGGUAUCCAGUCAGCGUUCUGCUCAUAGCCCUGGUCCUGUAUUGCGGUGUCCAUGUUUGUGCAGGAAUCAGCCAAUGGGAGCAACAGAAAGUGAAACAGAAAGUGAAACACAAAGUAUGGUAA